CUUUGAAAGUGUAUGAAAACAAAACAACGUCAAAAGUGCGCGCGAACGGCAUCGAUCCUCAUAAUAGCAAUGAAAAGUCAAAUAUUUAUAUAUUGGUCGCUUGUAUGAAAUGAGAAAAUAACUUACGUAAUAUUUAAGUAGAUUCUUUUGUGUUUGUUGUCCUGGGCGUUGGUUAAAUGCGACUAAGCACUUAUAGCAAGUAAUCUUCUUUACAUUAAAUUAGGUGGAAAGGAGAAGUGGCCGUGAAGGCUGGAGAUAACAGUCAGAACAAAGAGAUGAUGAAAACCGUGACAUGUGCAUCAUAGUGUCCCAUAAUUUUCAUUCUAGGAAACCUAUGAAGGUGGCAGUAAGUUAACAGAAACGGCAUUAAUCCUCAAAACCGCAUAUUAGUUGACUCUGGUGUCGGCUGCGCCCAUGUACAGGAGAAAGUAGGUUUUGCCACAGACUUAGCGUAUCUAAUACUUGAAACUCGCAACCUUGACGGUUUUUAUAUAAGAUCUGAAAAGAGGUUGAGUAUUCAGUUGAGAAACAACGCAGCAAUGGCGCAAAGUAUACCUCUUUUAUUAAGGAUUGUUGCCUCGUCGGUUAAUGUGGCCAAUAGAGCUGGAAAAAUUAUACGAGAUAUUAUGUCGCAAGGUGAACUAGGCAUUGUUGAAAAGGGCAAAAAUGAUUUGCAAACUGAAGCUGAUAGAUCUGCACAGCGGUGCAUCAUUUCCUCUCUAUCACAGCAGUUUCCAGCAGUCACCAUUAUUGGUGAAGAAGGUUCGUCAACUUGUGAAGUGCCCUCAGAUUGGCUUGUGACUGAUAGUAACCAAGAGGUUCUAAAACAAACGUGCCCAAAGGAACUGCAAAAUGUUUCUGAAAAGGAUGUUGUGAUUUGGGUUGAUCCUUUGGAUGGAACAUCAGAGUACACACAAGGGUUGCUGGAUCAUGUUACAGUACUGAUAGGGAUUGCUGUUGGUGACAAAGCUAUUGGAGGUGUCAUACAUCAGCCAUAUUAUAAUUACAAAGAACCUGAAGCAGUAAUAGGUCGGACAAUGUGGGGCAUUGUCGGUGUUGGUGUGGGAGGCUUUGUGCCAGAGCCACCUCCUGAAGGUCAGCGUAUUAUAACGACGACCCGUUCUCAUUCCAAUGAAGUUGUGCAGGCUGCCUUGGAUGCGCUACAGCCAGACAAUGUACUACGAGUUGGUGGUGCUGGUCAUAAGGUUUUGUUGUUAUUGGAAGGUAAGGCACACGCAUAUGUGUUUGCAAGUGCAGGCUGCAAACGUUGGGACACUUGUGCUCCUGAAGCAGUAUUAGUUGCUGCAGGCGGGAAGUUGACAGAUGUACAUGGCCAUUCUUACCCAUACAAUUCCAGCACUCCUCAUCAAAACACUGCCGGUGUUCUCGCGACAGCCCCCGGUCAGGAUCACAGCUGGUAUCUUCGUCGCUUGCCAGAUGCAAUACGUGCUAUGCUCACAUAGAAUUUCUGUGUUAAAACUGAAGUGAUAUUUCCUUGUAUUUAGUUUGGUGUAAUGGUACAUUUUCAGGUGCAAAAGAUGAGAACAGAUCACUAUGUAUCUUCAGUGAAAUGUGUUAUAUAGAUUACUAUGUAUCUUCAAUGAAAUGUGUUAUAUAUCUUAUCAAUUUUUAUCUUUUUAAUAACAUUUUGAACUAUACUUUAUGGUUGUUAUUAAGUAUUAUAUAUUAUUAUCUGUAUCAUUAUAAUCAUCAACAACUCUGGAAAAGGAAUAGUGUGUGUUUUAUUACCCACUAAAGUUCAAUAAAUGAAAGCUGUUGUCUUCUGUAUGUGAAAUUUCCACAGAUUUGUCUUAAUGAGAUCACUAUCUCUACUGUUUCCCCUAUAACUUUGAAAUUAUGUAAUGUUUAUCCUUCUAACUGUUGUGUUAUCAGUUUAUAUUCACAUUCACAUUCAGUAAUGUACAUUGUGUGUUUAAUUCCUUGGCACAUAUGACUGUUUGGAGUAAAGGCUUUCUCCCCCACAGUAAA